CAUCUGUUGACGUCCCGUCGAACUAAGAAGAAAGGAGCGGUGUUGGGGCACGUUUUCGCGCCAUAUUACCUUUGGAUAGUGAUAUUUUAGAUGAAUUCGGACCCCGCCCCGCGUCAUUUUGAUAUGUGAUCUUACGUCGCAGCAAACACAAAGGACAGACGCUACAAUUUUCACGGAAAAGGGGGUGGAGGAUGGGACGAGGGGACAACCUAACAAUCCUGUAUCCUCCGGGAUGCAGGGAAGUGACAGAAGAUAUUGGUCCUGAUGAGAUGAUUAGGAGGUUGAAGACACUGGCCCACACUUUGCAGUCUAUGGGCCAGGACGAUGGAGCUUAUCAGGAAUAUGUUCCCUUGGCAAUGCACAUCGCUGAUGAUUUUUUUCUCUCCUACCCAAGUCGAGAUGUACAGUUACUUAUAGCAUGUUGCAUUGCUGAUGUCCUUAGAGUUUAUGCACCUGAAGCCCCUUAUAAAGAUCCUGGCCAGGUCAAGACUAUCUUCAUGUUCCUCAUCAAGCAGUUGGGUGGGCUGAAAGACCCAAAGGACCCAGCCUUCAAGCGUUAUUUCUACCUCCUAGAGAACCUGGCUUACGUGAAGUCUUUCAACAUGUGUUUUGAGUUAGAGGAUUGUCAGGAGAUCUUUUGUAAACUUUUCAAGCUUAUGUUCAACAUUGUCAAUGAUGAGCACAGUGGCAAAGUAAAGUCAUUCAUGUUAGAUGUGCUGUGUCCAUUGAUCAACGAAAGUGAUGUUGUAUCCAAUGAUCUACUGGACAUCAUUCUUAGCAAUGUUUUGGAGCCUGCUAAAUCACAACGCAAAAAUGCUUACUAUUUGGCCAAAGAACUGGUUGUUAAGUGCUCAGACACACUGGAACCUUACAUCCAAGGGUUCUUCAACCACGUGUUAAUAUUGGGACGAGAAGAAAAAACACUUACCAUAUCACAAAAAGUAUAUGAUCUCAUUUAUGAAUUGAAUCACAUAUGUCCUUCUGUUCUUCUAGCAGUCUUACCUCAGCUUGAAUUCAAGCUCAAAAGCUCAGAUGAAGAAGAGAGAUAUGGGUCAGUUUCCCUUCUGGCCCGUAUGUUUUCUGAAAAGGAUUCCACAUUAGCUCUGAAUCACAAGCAGUUAUGGACUGCCUUUUUGGGCAGAUUUAAUGAUAUUAGUAUCAAGAUUCGAACCAAGUGUGUUCAGUAUUCUAUGCAUUUCUUGUUGAAUCAUCCUCUCCUACGAAAAGACAUAACAGACACACUCAAGUUGCGGCAACAUGACUCUGAAGAAAGUGUAAGAUAUGAGGUGGUGAUGGCCAUUGUUACAACUGCAAAAAAGGACUUCAGUAUAGUGUCUGACAGUGAAGAUCUUUUGAACUUCGUAAAGGAGCGAACGCUUGAUAAAAAGUUCAAAAUUAGGAAAGAAGCUAUGUGUGGGCUGGCUAUGAUUUACAAAAAACACUUGAAUAGUCCAGACGUUCCACCUGCUACUCGACAUGCUGUCACCUGGAUCAAGGACAAGAUACUUCAUGGGUACUAUAUGACCAGUAUAGAUGACAGAUUGCUAGUUGAACGGCUUCUAAAUACGUGUUUGGUUCCAUACCAACUUCCACCUGAAGACAGAAUGAAAAAGUUGUUUUAUUUAUAUGCAACCAUAGAUGAUAAUGCCUCCAAGGCUUUCAUUGAACUUCAAAAACACCAGCUAGUUGUAAGGAAAAAUGUUGCAGAACUUAUUGAGCUGCAUCGAAAACCUCAAGAUGAAGAGAGAGAUAGGGAGAUAUCAUGUCGGCUCGGCCAUCUUACCAAGUUCCUACCUGAUCCUCUAAAGGUGCAAGAAUUUUUGAGGAAAUUUUCACAGCAUCUUAGUAGUGACCCUCAACUAUUAUCCUUAAUGGAAACGGUUGUGAGUCAUGAUGUUUCUUGCAGGGACAGUGUAGAUGCUGUGACACAAAUCCUGAAAAAAUUAGGUCAGCCUGUAAUGACUAAUCUGUACUAUAAUACAAUCAAAAUGUUGUUGGAGCGUGUAUCUAGUGUCAUGGUUGAUCAAACUGCUAUAGAAGCUCUUGUAGGGUUAGUGGAAGGUGCCCUACAUGAAGUCGAACCCAUCUUGGUUUCACUCAAUCUUCCCUCAGAUAUUGCAACAGAAAAAGGGUUGAAGCUUCUUUUUGUGCUAUCUUUUGUAUAUCCGGCACACUUUUUGCACAUAGAUGUCUUGAAAAGAUUGAUCAACUUACUCAAUGUGCCAAAUCCUGCCAUAUCCCCACCAGUUCUGUCCAUACUAACGUACAUAGGAAAAUAUAAACCAGUUGGUGAAGCUUAUCCGAGUCUAGCAACGGUUCUAAUCCCCAAGUGUCAGAAGUUUGCUGAAUCUGGUCAGCCAAAACAAGCUAAACAUGCUGUUAGAUGUUUACACACGAACUGUGUUCAGGACCCGGAUGAAGUCUUUGAAAAAAUCUUAGAGAAAAUUAAGGAGCAGUUAACAUUUGAUUCUCCACAUUUUAGAACAUCGGUCGUUUCUUUAGGUCACAUUGCCUUCAACAUGCCUCAAAGAUUUGUAGUACCUAUCAAGAAUAUAGUCUCUAGAAAGAUUGUUAAAGAGUUGUUGAUGAGAAACCAGACACCUAGCCACACUCCUGGAUUUAACCAGGAUGAUGCAGAGGCCUGGUUAGAAGAGGAGGAAUUGACAGAAGAGACAGCAGUCAAAAUGGAAGGAAUAAAGAUGAUGGCAAGAUGGCUUCUAGGUCUCAAGACUGAUGAAAUAUCUGCACAAAAGACCUUCCGCAUGUUGAAUGCUUUCAUACUCCAUAAAGGAGAUCUUUUGGUCACGGGUAAAAUGCUAAAAGUUGAGAUGUCUCAUCUAAGAUUAGCUGCUGGAGCUGCCAUGUUGAAAAUAUGUGAGCAGAAGGGUGUUGGCGAUCAGUUUACUGCUGAGCAGUUUUAUAAUUUGUCACAUCUUAUGAACGAUGAAACUCCACAAGUCCGUGAAAGGUUUGCCAUGAAACUACACAAGGGUUUGGCUCGAGGAGUCCCCAACAAGUGCCUGCCAUUAGAUUUUAUGGGGUUCUAUGCAUUAGCGGGUUUAGAACCUGACCGUCAAAUGCGACUGGCUAUUAAGCAAUACAUGGUUGCUGAUAUAUGUAAAAGAAGGGAUUAUAUACGUUCUAUAACAAUGACCGGUGGAAGUGAAAAAGCAUCUGGACAGUUACCACAUAUUAUGCCAGAUUACAUGUUAGUCUUUGCAGUCCCUAUCUUAGUUCAUCAACCAGAAUUCACAGAUCCAAAUGAUGUAUCUCAGCUCACCAGAAUACGUACGUGCCUGUGGUUUAUUUUGGAACCACUGAUGACAAAGAAUGAUGCCUAUUGCUUUGGGUUCUACAAAGCCUUAAUUGAACAGAUGAAAAACCACAAGGAUGCUGUGAAGCCAGAAGAUGAAACUACUAACCAGAAACUGUGGGCUGUCUGUGAUUUAGCCAUGGGUUUAAUAUUGUCAAAGACGACCAGUUUUGAAAUGAAGGAGUUUCCAUCAGACCCUCGUAUACCUCCUAUGUACUUCAAGAAACAUGAAGAUCCCAACUUUGUUAAUGUUAAGUCAUAUUUGCCUACUGAGCUUCAAGUAACAGCCCCCAAAGGUUCUACCAAAGUCCUAACAGGUGUAACCAAGAAGUCUUCCAACACAGUGGUUAUGAUGAAGCCUUCUGCAACUGCUGGGAAAACAAGGAAUGACAGCAGAGUUCCGGAACCCACAACAGCAAACAUCAGCAUAGAUUUGCCUGUUAUGAGUGAAGUCAAGGAGGAUGACUCAACGAUGGAAGAAGAUACAAGCACCUUACCAAAUAGUAGGAAAAGAGGUCGAGGUGGUUUUAGCCUGGGCAAUGAUACUGAAGAUGAGGAUGAAGAUGAAGACAGCACCACCCUCAGCAGUGGCUUACCCACGACUGUCCCCACCUCGUCAUCUACAGGUCCUGCUUCCAAGAAAGGAAGAAUUGGACCAUCAAUUAAUGCUCCCACCAAUAGUAUAACUAGUUAUUUACAGAAAGAAACAAAUGGCAAAACGUGAGUGAGCCAAGUGAUAAGUUAAUUAAACUCAAUUGCCCGAGUGCUGAAGGUUGUAAUUAUGCCAUUGGAACAGUGGAGACUUUUUACCAAGGGUGCGCAAAGCCUUGACUGUGGCUUUGAGGGCAAGAGUAGUUUCCAUACCAAAGUUUAGCUCUAUAUCUGUACGAAGCCCAAGUGAAUGGAUGCAAGUGUUGGUCAGAGAACAUGCCCAAUAAGUGCUCCGCGAGGAUUAUUCUUUUCGUAGAUGGAUCAGAUAAGUAGCUAUUUUGUUUGAAGAAUGAGGAUCAGUUGAACUUUUAUUCGAUCCAUGUAUGUUGAACAUAGGAGUACAUAGCUACAUGGUUGAUAGCCUUGAAAUUUGAUGGAAAACAAAAUUCUGUAAAGUCAUUUUCAUUUUGCUUUGUACUCUCCACUCGUCAGUUUUUCUCACUUUGUAUGACUGAUGUAUGGUUUUGUGGAACCUGUAGGAUUUUGUUUUAUCAUCUCCAUUGUAAUGGAAUGGUAGACAUGAUUUUUAUGAGAGGAUAUGUAAGCUUUCUAGCACAUUGGAAAUUAAUUCUUGCUGUUCAAAUUACAGUGAGUUUGCAUGCAUACUUGCGUGUGUGUUUGUGUGCAUUUAAUACAGUUUACAUGUUGCAAUAGUCAUCACCGGAUACAUUAUUUAAUUUUACACAUCUAAUAUUUUGGGUUGGUAUAUCAGUAAGUUAAUUUGUUUUAGUAUUUUGAUGGCAAUUCUAUGGCAAGCAAUUGACAGUUCUUUGUUUGGAAGGAUUGAAAUGUAUUUUUAAAGAGUUAAAUUUAAAUUUACAAUUCUACAUGUUAAAUGAAACCAUGGUAACAGGUAACACAUUCCAUAAAUUAUGUGUAUUUUCACGUGUUGGUGCUGUUGUGCUUAAGCACGUGUGAAUGAUUUGUUUGUUGAAGGGUGGUCGUUGCGACAGUUUUAAAACAUUCCGCAUAGAGGGAACACUUGGAAAUCAAAAAGUUGAUGUAGAGUAGAUAAUUGUGUGCCAGCCUAAGGCAGGUCAGGCUUCAUCAUUUAUUUAUUUAGCACAUUAAUAGUAUCUAGCAGAUUGAUUUGUAUUCUUGACAUUGAUGCCAGUAUGUUAUGAGUGACAGUGACUAGGUAUUGCAAAUGAGACCCAUGUUCCUGUGGAUGUUGUGUGAAAUGUAUUGGUGAGAUUGUUCUGUGAUGUGAGUACAUGAAGUUUUGAAAUACAAAAAAGUACUUAUAUUUUUUCCUCUUUUUAAUUUCUUUUUUAUGGUGAAUGUUUGUCUUGAAAGUGUGUCAUCUGAGUUUGAUGAAACUGGUUUCUUCAUGUGUUCACAACUUCAUUGGUAAAUUCUGUCAUGUCUUCUUAAUAGAUACCUGUCAUUCCUCUUCCACUAAUUCUGUACCAUAGUUGUGUUAUAUUCAUAUCCCUUGAUAUGGCUUAAAGGUCCUCCUUCCAUAAUAUAUAUUUAUAUUUAUACACCCAUGCAUAUGUAAAUUCUGCACUCCAUUCAUUCCAUUUGUUAAUAGUUUUAUUAGAUCAAAGUUGUAUUUUCUGUGGAUGUUUAUUUUUUGUUUGUGUGUAUGUGUGCAUGCUUGCUUCAUGUUUCAUGUUUACAAAGAAUUAUUUGGUACAUAUUGUAAUUAAUUUUGUAGCCUCCUGCUGUAUGUUACAAUGGCUUCAUAUAGAUGUGGAGUGUUUAUGCCUGUUCAUUUUUGGUCCAAAGCACUUCUGAAAUGGUUGCCUGUGAAUUCCUCUUAUUACAUUGUACUUGAUUCCACAAAUUUACAGAAAGCCACCAUAUCUCAUCACUAGUAGUGAGUUUCAACUUCUCGUGUAAUAUACAAUUCUACAUUAUGUUGCACCAACACUCAUUUAGAAGUGAAACUGAUGGUUGAAAAUUAACAAGUUUAGUUAAGCUGCAGAUUUAGGUAUAUCUGGGCCAUUUCAUGCAGUUUCGAGAGGUUACAGUAAAUGUACCUCCUUCCUGAGAGAAUAAUGUAGUGGAUUUUUUUUAGAAAUGCCAUCAUAGUGACGUGAAAAAAUCUUUUGAUUUUAUAAACAAUUUCAAUCAAGGGGUCGAGUGAAAGGGCUUUCAUGGCUAUGUGAUUAAAAAGAAAGCAUAAUUCUGUGGGCAUGUGUUGUACAUAUGUCUUAAUAAUAGGAUACAAAGACAAGAAUAAAUUAUAAUUCCUA